AUCCAAUUUUGAUUCGUCAAACAAUUCUGUUCGGAAAAAUUGGAUUACAAUCGAAAUCAAUUGAAUUAACAGAUAUUUAGGUCGUGUAUUUUCAUUUGGUUGGUGUUUUUCGCUUUUCCUCGAAUUUUCCAGAUUCAGAUCUGAAAGAGAAUCUUCGAGGCUAUAUGCUACUGGAGGCAAUAAGAUGAAAACGCUUAGUAUAAUAUUAGGAUUGUUAUUAGUAUUAAGCAGCACUUCCGCUAAUACAGAUGAUGAUGAAGCUAUUGUAGAAACAGUUCAGGAUGAAUCUCCAAAACCUUCAGUGGACAUACCAUACAAAAGCCCUGAAAUCCAACAAAAGAACAAAGUAUAUUUUGCGGAACACUUCGACGAUCCAGCAAAAGUAGACAAAACAUGGGUCCGGUCCGAAGCCAAGAAAGAAGACAUCUCCGAGGACAUAGCAAAGUAUGAUGGAGUAUGGAAAGUAGAGAAACCCCAGAGAGAAGGACUGGUUGGGGAUUUGGGAUUGGUUCUGAAAACACACGCAAAACACGCUGCAAUAUCAUCAGUAUUGAGUAGGCCGUUCGUUUUCAAAGAUAAACCUUUGAUUGUUCAGUAUGAGGUAACUUUACAAGAUGGACAGCAGUGUGGAGGUGCCUAUCUCAAAUUGUUGAGUAAAACUUCGCAGUCUCCCAAUCUUAAGCAAUUCCACGACAAGACUCCUUAUACAAUCAUGUUCGGUCCAGAUAAGUGUGGUGGGGACUUUAAGUUGCACUUUAUCUUCAACCAUCGCAACCCUCUGAACGGUUCCUUAGAAGAAAAGCAUUGUAAGAAACCCGACCAACGUCUUGAAGAUAUCAUUAACGAUAAGAACCCCCACUUGUACACCUUGAUAUUGAAACCGGACAAUACCUUCGAGAUCCUCAUCGAUAACAAGGUUGUCAACUCUGGACACCUUUUGGACGAUUUCACACCUGCCGUAAACCCCCCUGCUGAAAUCGACGAUGUAACGGAUAAAAAACCCGAGGACUGGGAUGAGAGGGAAAAAAUUCCUGACCCCACCGCUACUAAACCUGAUGAUUGGGACGAAGAAGCGCCUGCUCAGAUAAUAGAUGAGUCAGCUACCAAACCAUCCGGAUGGUUGGAUAACGAACAACCACACAUUCCCGAUCCUGAUGCGAAAAAACCAUCCGAUUGGGAUACAGAAAUGGAUGGGGAAUGGGAACCCCCACUUAUCGAUAAUCCUGCUUGUACCUCAGCUCCUGGAUGUGGGGCCUGGGAGCCUCCGAUGAUCAACAACCCCUUGUUCAAGGGUAAGUGGAAGGCUCCACUUAUCGAUAACCCCAACUAUAAGGGCAAGUGGAGGCCUAAACUUAUCCCCAACCCUGAUUUCUUUGAGGAUAAGAAUCCGUUCAAGAUGACCACCGUGGAAGCAGUAGGUUUUGAAUUGUGGUCAAUGUCCAGAGACAUCCUUUUCGAUAAUAUCAUCAUCACCGAGGAGCUUAGUAUAGCUCAAGAAUGGGCCGCAGAAACGUUUGAGAAAAAACGUCAAAAGAUCGCUAAAGAUUCUGAGAGCGUAAUAGACAAGCUUGCUAGUCUUACAGUGGAUUACCCAAUUUUAUGGGGUGUUUACAUACUGGCUUUAGGUAUCCCUGUAGUUUUAAUCUUAUACUGCUUGUUUAAACCAAGUACAACUGCUAAAAAGGAAAAAGAAGAUUUACAGCGUCAAGCUGAAAAGAAAAAGACUGAUGAAUUGACUGAAGAUGUAGAAGAAGAAAAUGAAGAAGUAGGCGCUGCUGCAGAACAAGAAGAAGGAGAACAAGAUGCAGAAGAGGAAGUAGAGGAUGAAUCUUCCUCAACUUCAGAGAAACCUCAGGAAGAAAAUGCCAGAAAACGAAAAGUUAGGAAAGAAUAAGAAUGAUUAAUUUUGAGAUCAUCCACCAUAGUUAUUCUAGUUAAAUUAUUUAAUUCAGGAUUUUUAUAAAUCUAUAAAAUGAUAGAUAAUUAUAAGUAUUAUAACACUCGAAGAGAAUGGCAGGAUAAUAAAUUGAUGGGUUAUGUUCACUUUGGCUUGUCGUAUUUACGUAAAUUUUGUACAUAUUUUUUGUAUGUAGAUGUAUUUUGUCUGGUUUGCAAUUUGUAACGACCAAAAUGAAUUAGUUGUUUGCAUAUGAAAUAUCAAAAUACGUAUUCAA